AUGGAAGGUGAAAGUAAUGAAGAAGGUGUAGAUAAUGGUGGUGAUAAAAGAGAUGCAGGUAAUGGUGGUGAUAAAUUAAGCAAAAGUAGUGAAGGUGAUGAUGGCAAUAAAGUAAAUAAAGUUAAUGGUUAUAUUAAUAUAGGAGAGGGUAAUGGUGGUGAAAAAAAUAAAAGUAAUGGUAAUGAUGAAGAGAUAAAAGUACUAGCAGUAAUAAAAAAAACAAAAGUAACUGUGAUGAUGAAAGAAACAAAGGUAAUAGUGAUAAUGAGCAACUGUAAUAAUGUUAAUGGCGAUGAUGAAGGAGAUAAAGGUAGCGAAAGUAAUUGUAAUAAAAGGAAAUAA